GCGUCGGCCCCGGUGUGAAUGGGAUUACGCCGGAGGAAACAUGCGGCCGCAGAGCUUCCCGGUCCCCUCGGCGCUCCUCGCGCUGCUGCUGCCGCUGCUGCUCGGGCUCUGCAGCGGCACAAGUUUCCCAAGUAACAUCAACAUAGGAGGCCUUUUCCCCACCGGCUCCCAUGAGUACGAGGUGUUUCGCUUCGCCCUGGCGCAGCACCAGGACGUCCCCAAACUGGUGCCACAGGUGGACAUGGUGGACACGGGGAGCAGCUUCGCCAUGACCUACGCCUUCUGCUCCCAGUUCUCGAAGGGAGUCUACGCCAUCAUGGGUCUGUACGACCGGCGGACGGUCAACAUGCUGAUGUCUUUCUGCGGCUCUCUGCACGUCUGCUUCGUCACGCCGUCCUUCCCCGUUCAGACCAACAACCAGUUCGUUCUGCAGCUGCGGCCCCAGCUGCAGGAGCCCCUCAUGGCCCUGCUGGAGCACUUCUACUGGACCAGGUUCGUCUACAUGUACAGCUCCGACUCAGGCUGA